AUGACUGAGGUUGGCACCAUCCUAAUUUCCUGUAUUGUGUAUGGAGCAACGUCUAGUCUGGGCGCUACAUCUGGCUGUAGCCCGGACCCCGCAGCUGAAAGGGAAAAAGAUCCAUCUUACUGGAACACACAGGCCAAACGUUCAUUGGAGGCUGCACUCCAGCUGCAACCCAGAGCCCAUCGUGCCAAGAACCUCAUCCUCUUCCUUGGUGAUGGAAUGGGCGUGUCAACUGUGUCCGCUGCCCGCAUCCUGAGAGGUCAAAUGGAUGGGCAGUCAGGGGAGGAGACGGUGCUAGCCAUGGAUUCCUUUCCUUACCUUGCCCUGUCCAAGACAUACAGCGUGGAUAAGCAGGUGGCUGACAGUGCCAGCACAGCCACCGCAUAUCACUGCGGUGUGAAGGCCAACGCCAAAACCGUGGGCCUCAGUGCCAGGGCUGUGCCUUAUGAGUGUAAUACAACCUUUGGCAAUGAAGUGUACUCAGUGCUGCAUCGCGCCAAGGCGCAAGGGAAGUCGGUGGGAAUAGUGACCACCACCCGAGUCCAGCAUGCCUCCCCGGCUGCCUCGUACGCCCACUCCGUCAGCCGCAGCUGGUACAGCGACGCCGAUGUGCCCUCUAGUGCCCGUAAGCAGGGUUGCAAGGACAUUGCAACCCAGCUGGUGACCAACACAAACAUCGACGUGAUACUUGGUGGUGGUCGCAUGUACAUGUUUCCAAAGGGCACUGCUGAUCCGGAAUACCCAUUGUCCUCCUCGCGAAAGGGGGACCGGAAAGAUAAGAGGAACUUAGUCGAUGUGUGGCUUAAUGCUCGACAGGGGAAGAAUGCCCAAUAUGUCUGGCACAAGGAUCAGUUUGAUGCUGUGAACGUAAAAACGACCGAUCGUCUUAUGGGUCUGUUUGAACCCAAGGACAUGAGGUUUGAGGUGUUCCGAAAUCGGACACGAGACCCAUCCAUUGUGGAUAUGACAGAAAAAGCCAUUCAAAUACUGAGCAAAAACCCCAAAGGGUUUUUCCUCUUUGUGGAAGAUAAUGGAAGAAUUGACCAUGGGCACCAUGACAGCAUUGCCAAGUUGGCACUGACAGAGACAGUAAUGUUUGAUCAGGCAGUGCAAAAGGCAUCUGAGCUCACGAAAGAAUCAGAAACGCUCACUGUCGUGACAGCAGACCAUUCCCACGUCUUCACGUUUGGAGGGAACACGCCACGAGGGAACCCUAUUUUUGGUCUAGCACCCAAGAAGGCUGACGAUCAAAUGCCCUUCACAAGUAUCUUGUACGCAAACGGUCCAGGAUACAUGCAUGUGAACGGAACAAGAGAGAACAUUACUACGGUGGAUUACUUCGAUGAAGAGUACAUGCAGCAAGCUGCUGUUCCUUUGGACUCGGAAACUCACGGAGGAGAAGAUGUGGCCAUAUACGCCAAAGGCCCCAUGUCACACCUCUUCCAUGGAGUCCAGGAACAGAACUAUAUUGCCCACGCAAUGGCCUAUGCAGCCUGUCUGGAGCCUUAUACUGACUGUCCACCACUCCCACAAAACUCUGGAAGCACCAAAAACACUCUCUCAGGGCUCCUCAUUUCCCUCGUCAGCCUUUUCUGGAUCUUGACACGAUGA